AUGGCCGACAACGGAGCCCACCAGCUCACACAGGCCGAACUUAUAGCCCAGAUGGCUGAACUCCAGGCAGAGGUCAAAAGACUCACCGAGUUGUCAGCGCAGAAUAACACCAACAAACGAGAAGAGGGCAAUCCCAAGAGCUCAGCCCAAGGCGGCGCCGACCUAUUGAUCGCCAAUCCCCCGAAGGAGAAACUAACUUUAGAAAACCCAUUCUCGGAAGAGAUCAUGAAUUUUCAAAUGCCAAAACAUUUCACACUGCCUUCCUCACUUGAGCCGUAUAAGGGGAUUGGUGACCCCCGGGCUCACAUUAAGAAAUUUCAGUCCAUGAUGUUUUUUAACGGCUCUAAUAAUGAACCUGUGCUUUGCAGAGCUUUUCCAACUUACCUUGAUGGAGCCACUUUACUUUGGUUUUCGAAGCUACCUGCAGGAUCAAUUUCUUCUUUCGAAGAGUUGGCAAAGUCCUUCAUCGAUUACUUCGUUGCAGCACGAAUAUACGUCCACGGAUCGGAUUACCUCGGCACCAUCCGCCAAGGUCCCCAGGAAAGUCUGAGAGACUACCUGACCAGGUUUGCAGGAGCAACAAUGGAGAUACUCGACCUGGACCCCGCUGUCCACCUACACGCCCUUAAGGCCGGCCUCCAACCCAAAAAAUUCAGAGAGACGAUCGCAAUCACCAAGCCAAAGACGUUAGAAGAGUUCCGGGAGAGGGCAGCCGGACAAAUGGAAAUCGAAGAACUACGUGAGGCCAAUAAAACAGAAAGAAGACCUAAGAGAGAAGAGGACCGAAUGCCAAGGUCGGUUCAUAACAAGGAGCUCGGCAGACCCUUCAAACUCACUCCAAAAUUUGACAAUUACACCAGAUUCAACACAAGGAGGGAAAAGAUAAUCAAAGAAAUACUCAACGCCAAGAUCAUAAAACCUCCGGCAAGAGCAGGUAGCUAUCAAGACCAGAGAUUUGUAGACAAAAACAAGCACUGUGCCUUCCACCAGAAAUACGGACACACAACCAACGAGUGCGUAAUAGCCAAAGACCUCUUGGAAAGACUUGCUCGGCAAGGACUACUGGGCAAGUACAUCGAAGGACGGAAACAUAAAGAAGGUGAUAGAGACAAGGAGGAACGCCAACAAGCCUUGGCUAACAAAGACACCAACAAAUGGUCAAAAAACACCCAACCCAAAGGGAUUAUAAAUUGCAUAUCCGAAGGAUUUGCCGGGGGCGGCGAAACAACGUCAACAAGGAAACGCAGCUACCGAGCUAUGCUAGCGAUCGAAGGAACACCACCACCAAGCAGCCAAGAUAUGCCCGACCUAGAAAUUACUUUCAACAAGGCAGACAUAUGCUCGGCCGCCCCACACCUAGACGAUCCAGUGGUAAUCUCUAUCCAAAUAGGCGAUUUAUUGGUAAGAAAAGUCCUUUUGGACCCAGGUAGCAGCGCAGACGUUUUCUUUUAUUCUACCUUCUUGAAAAUGAAUUUAUCUGAAAAACUGAUACAACCCUCAUCCGAAAAACUGGUAGGAUUCUCCGGAGAAAGGGUACCAAUCAAAUGUUACAUAUGGUUAAAAACAACAAUGGGUGAUGAUCCACUACUCAGAACUCUUGACAUACAGUAUCUAAUAGUUGACUGCAUCAGUCCUUACAAUAUUAUUCUCGGGAGACCUGCUCUGAACAUGUUCAAAGCAGUGAUAUCAACUUUUCAUCUAUGUGUUAAAUUUCAGGCACAAGACGGAAAAAUAGCAACAAUUCACUCGGACCGCCAACAAGCUCGGCAGUGUUAUAACUCUAGCCUAAAGAAGUCGGACACAAUUCAGAAACAGCACGAAGUCAAAGCAGUAUAA